CAACCAGGGGGGCGGGGUGGAGCCAUGGAGCAGCGGGAGCUGAGCACAGGAGUACAGGAGGACGGGAUUCUGAAGUCAGAGAGCGCGAGGGCAGGACGUCACAGACAUUUGUGCCUUUCAUUUGGCUUGUCCGGUUGUUCCAGCCGUUCGGCGAUUAGCCAGGGAGCGAUGACAAUGCUCCGGGUCGGUUCUGUGUUGCUCUGCGUGGUGUUGGCGGUGAGCCGUGCUCGUAGGAGUCCAACGGAGCCGGAGGAUGUUCAGGAGCAAAUCAACAGCGCCAGAUGCACAUCCAGGUGCCUCAGCCUGCACAUGACCCAGAUAACCGCCGCUUUCAGACACAUCCAGAGUGACCAGGUUCUGGUUUGGUGUGAAAACCACAGACGCUGUGCACAGUGCCUUCAGCCAUGUGAAGAGCUGUGGGAGACGAGGAUGAUUCUCCCACCAAAGGCCUGUGAGAAGCAGACAGAAUGCAUGACAAGCAGGGAGUUUCUGGCCUCCCUGAGGUUGUCUCGUCAGGGAGACUGCCCCCCGCCGCAGCGAGCCACAGGGUUUGCUGCAGCCUGUGUGGAAAGCUGCUCAUCAGACCAGCACUGCCCUUCUUCCAGAAAGUGCUGCUAUAACGGCUGUGGACACACCUGUCAAGCUCCAGCCAAUUUAUAUAAAGGUGUUCCCUUAAAGCCUCGCAGAGAGAUGAGCUUCACAGAGGACUUGGAGGGACACGUAAAGGUAGGGUGGGUGUCCAAGUUCAACGUCAGCAUGGAGCCAGUCGUUUACAUCCUGGAGUCCCGCUGGAACAUCGGCAUUCACCCCAGUGAAGACCACGCUUCUCCCUGGUCUGCUGUCGCCAUGACUCUUUCAGAAGAUGUACUUCUGACAGAUUUGAGACCUCAGCGUUGGUAUCAGUUCAGGGUAGCAGCGGUCAACAGCCAAGGUAGCAGAGGGUUCACCACACCCAGCAAACACUACAUUUCCAGUAAAGAUCCUUCACCUCCAGAACCUCCAAUGAAUAUCAGAGUGAGCAACCAAACUCUAAACUGGGCAGGACUACAACUUGUGCCACAGGUUACAGAGAGGUCGAGUGAAAGUGGAACCACAGUGGCAGUCCUGUUAAACUGGGACCCCCCCAGUGAGGGAGACCUGCCUGUCCACAACUACAGAAUCACUUGGAUGCCUCAACAUAUACACACGGCACAGAAACACACACACACGCUUCAAGCUAAUGCACAAAGACUGCACAAAAACAAGCAAAAAUGGCAGACAAACUCUCACAGACAAGAGCAGAAGAAGAAAGAGAGCAACACCGUGCUGACUGCAGGGGCGCAGAAUGAGCUGUGGGUGCAGGGUCUUCUGCCCGCCACUUCCUAUUCCCUGUCUGUUCAGUCGGUCGCCUACUGGGGUCAAAAGAGACUAAAAAGUCACAGAGCGCAACUGGUUUUCACAACUAUUCCUAUUGCAGAUGGAGACUUUUCCAACGAGCUCCCUUCGUCUUCAUCAUCUCUCUCACCCUCUUCUCCCUCUUAUCCUUCUGUGCCUCACCCGGAAUCACCUCUAAGCCCCGUCCCCUCUGGAAAACUUCGAUUGGAGGCCGCCGCCCCUCAUUACCAUGACAACCAGCUUCAGGUGAAAGUGUUCUGGAAGUGGUCCCAUCACUUCAGACAAAGACAUCAAGAUCUGUACAUUCUCCGGUGGCAUCCACACACCUGUAUUAACAACGUGACGAGCAAAGAGAGAACGACAACAGUACAGGGCACCCAUCACACCAUCAAAGGCCUGCACUUUGCAUGCAAGUACCAGGUUUCAGUGGCACUGAAGGCGGUUCCAGGGUCAGAGGGUGUUGCCUGGGUUAUGACCCCCACUUGUUCCUCCAUCAGUGGCAGAGAAGGAAAAGCUUCGGCCUGCAACAGCAAGGAGCGCCUCCCAGCAGGCAGAAAGGUGGUACUUCGACCAGAGCAGCUGACUGCAGAUUUUCAACAACUCAACGGAACAUUGAUCUCAACAUUUCGAUGGAGGAUGUCCCAGCAUGCACUUGAUCCCGGAGCAGUGGAGGGCUUUCAGUUCACCUGGACUCUGCAAUCCGAGCUCAACUCUGACGUCGACAGACCAGAACAUGCACUCAUCUCCCAGACUCAAACUAUUGCAUCGACUCAAAGGUCGGUAACUGUUCGGGGUCUUCAGGCGGGCAGUGUGUACCAGCUGCAACUCCAGGUGCUAACAGCUGGUGGCAGAAAGGGCGCUGCAGUCUCAAAGACCAUACAAACUCCAACAAUAAACAUCAGUCUCUUAUAGGUAGUAACACUGUUAUAAAGACUAAAGUUUUACUUAAUCCGUAGUAAUUCUUAGCCUUAUAUUUGUUUGUAUAUUAAACAUCUGGGCAUAUCUUUUCAAGGCCAUGUUCCGCUGUGUUACAGGUUUUAUUUCACCUUAAAAGAAGGCCUGUUUAGAAGUGUACGAUAAAGAAAUUUUGUUUUAUUUUGACAAAAUACAUUUUUCAGGCAUAAUAAAGAAAAUGAAAUUGCCUCAUAUUUCGUGACUUUUUUUUUUUUAAUUUAACGCCCAAAUCCAACACCUAUGGACCCUUAUUUUUUAACAAAAACAUGUUGUUAUUUUUGUAUUCUGUUAAAAUUGCAGCAUUUUUAAGUGUUGUUUUUGCUGUAGAAGCCAAUAGACUUUAUUGGCAACUGUUCUGUACAAUAAAUAUGUGAAUAGUGUGAGUUCUUGUGCUGCUGCAUCUGUUUUGUGUUUUGAUAGGAUCAAUCCCCCUACACUGUUCUGGCCAAGGAGUCUUGAAAAGAAUCUUUGUCUUUUAUUUUUAUUGAUGUUAGAAGAGAUAAGCUCUGAUCUUAAAAUGUACAAACCCAAACUGUUUUUUACUUAUGCAGUAGUUUAGAUAUGUAAACGUCUUCUAAAAUCAAGCUUUUUUUGUUCUGUUGUGCUUUUUUUUCUUUGGUUUUAUACUUUUAUCACAAUUGCAUUGUUUUAAAUCGUUCUCUUCCAUGCUUACAGAUGUCACAUGUUUGUAUUAAUAACAAGGUGUGAACUCUUUUGCUAUUCAUAUAUAGGUCAACACUUUUUCAUUUUGACUAUUGUUUUUAUUUAUUUUUAUAUCCAAGGCAUUUGUAACGAAAAAAUAUUAAAACAUCAUCUCUGUCUUCUUUUUACACAUCAAAUAAGCCAUCAUGCAAAAAAAUAAAAAUAAUCAUUUAAAAAAAA